CGUGAGUUCAGGGAAAGAGAAACUGAAGUAUAGUCAAGCUGUUGUGUAUGUAUGUCUCUGUAUUUAAGCAGUAAAAUGGCAGAAGCCAGAAUUUCAGUGGAUCAGAAGGAAUUCAUGUGUGCAGUGUGUCUGGAUCUCCUGAAGGAUCCAGUGGCUAUUCCCUGUGGACACAGUUACUGUAAGAUCUGUAUUACAGGCUGCUGGGAUCAGGAGGAUCAGAAGAGAGUCUACAGCUGUCCUCAGUGCAGACAGACCUUCAGUCCAAGACCUGCUUUAGCUAGAAACACCAUGCUGGCUGAAGUGGUGGAGAAACUGAAGAAGACCAGACUCUCUGCUGACUGUGAGGCUGGAGCUGGAGAUGUGCAGUGUGACGUCUGUACUGGAAGAAAAUACAAAGCCGUCAAGUCCUGUCUGAUGUGUCUGGAGUCUUACUGUCAGAAUCAUUUUGACCGUCAUGAGGAGUUUCAUUCACGUAAACCACACAAAGUGACUGAAGCCACUGGACGACUGCAGGAGAUGAUCUGCCAGAAACAUGAGAAGAUCCUCGAGGUUUUCUGUCGCACUGAUCAGAAGUGUAUAUGUAUGAUGUGUACGGUUAUUGAACAUAAAAACCAUGACAUUGUAUCAGCUGCAGAUCAGAGGACAGAGAAACAGAAGCAGCUGAAGGAGACUCAGAAGACGCUCCAGCAGAGAAUCCAGCAGAGAGAGAAAGAUCUCCAGCAGCUGAGAGAGACUGUGGAGUCUCAUAAGCGCUCUGCACAGACAGCAGUGGAGGACAGUGAGAGGAUCUUUACUGAGCUCAUCCGCUCCAUUGAGAGAAGCCGCUCUGAGCUGAUACGACUGAUCAGAGAUCAGGAAAAGACUGCAGUGAGUCGAGCUGAAGGACGACUGGAGCGACUGGAGCAGGAGAUCAAUGAUCUGAGGAGGAGAGACGCUGAGCUGGAGCAGCUUUCACACACACAGGAUCACAUUCAGUUCCUGCAGAGUUUCCAGUCUCUCUCAGCACCUCCUGAAUCUACAGACGUAAAUGAUGAUCUCUUCAGUUCUCUCUUCUCUUCUGAUGAUCUGAGAGAAUCUGUCCAUCAGCUGAGAGACAAACUGGAGGAUUUCUGCAAAGAGGAGAUCAAGAAGAUCUCAGACAGAGUCACAUUCACCAACAUUGAUCCCAGAACCAGGAACGACUUCCUACAAUAUUCCCAUCAGCUCACUCCGGAUCUGAACACAGUGAAUAAACACCUCCGUCUGUCUGAGAACAACAGAGUGAUUACUUACACUGACACAGUCCAGUCUUAUCCUGAUCAUCCAGACAGAUUUGAUUAUUGGUAUCAAGUGUUGUGUAGAGAGAGUGUGUGUGGACGCUGUUACUGGGAGCUGGAGUGGAGUGGAGAUAGUGUGUGUAUAUCAGUGUCAUAUAAGAGCAUCGGCAGGAAGGGAUCGGGUGUUGAGUGUGUGUUUGGAUUUAGUGAUGAGUCCUGGAGUUUGUUCUGCUCUUCCUCUAGUUACUCAUUCAGACACAAUAACAUAGAGACUGCUCUCUCUGUGAAGCCCAUCAGCAGUAGAAUAGGAGCGUUUGAAUAUAUCAGGAGAGUAGUGGUGUAUGAUGAUGAUUUCAGGAGAAUAGGAGUGUUUGUGGAUCACAGAGCAGGAACUCUGUCCUUCUACAGCGUCUCUGACACAAUGAGCCUCAUCCACACAGUUCAGACCACAUUCACUCAGCCGCUCUAUCCUGGGUUUUGGGUUUAUAAAGGAUCGUCAGUGAAACUGUGUUGAUGAAUCAGAAUAGACUGACGAGAGAUUCUACCCAUAAUGCUUUGAGCUGCAUGAUGAAUUAGUAACAGUGAGAUGUUAUAGAGUCUCUUCAUGACAUUAAUACUGCAGAUGAACUUCUGUCACUGAAAUAAUGUGUAAUAAAUCCUCGUAUAGACAGUAAGAUCAGUGUGUGUGUGUGUGUGUGUGUGUGUGUGUGUGCUUUUCUCAAUCUCUGUUUGUCUUUUAGGGAAUUAUUAAUUUAGUUGAUAAUAUAUAUGAUUUAUCAUUAAUGUUAUUAUCAAUAAUCACAAUCAUGUUUUUAUUAAAAAAAUAUUUUAAUCAUAUUUUUUGAGAGUUAUUUCUGUUCUCUGGCUGAUAGAAAUAAAGCUUCUACCCACUUG